UUUGUCUUAAUUGGUUAGUUCCUCACUCUCUCUAGUCUCUCUCCUUUUCACACGCAAGAAAUGACUUUCUCUGUUUUUUCUACUCUGUUUCUUCUUGCCCUGUUUCACUUUACUCUCUCUUCAUUUCUCGACAAUGCCACCGUCUCUGCCGCCCAAUUCCACCGCCAACCCCACCGGCGCUAUGCUUCACAUAACUAUAAAGAUGCCCUCACCAAAUCUAUUCUUUACUUUGAAGGACAAAGGUCGGGAAAGCUUCCUCCUAAUCAGAGAGUCACUUGGAGGAAAGACUCUGGCCUCUCAGAUGGCUCAGCUAUGAAUGUUGAUUUAGUUGGAGGGUACUACGAUGCAGGGGAUAAUGUGAAGUUUGGCUUUCCAAUGGCUUUUACAACAACUAUGCUCUCAUGGAGUGUGAUUGAAUUUGGUGGGCUGAUGAAAAGUGAGCUGCUGAAUGCUAAGGAAGCCAUUAGGUGGGCUACUGAUUAUCUUCUCAAAGCCACCGUCCAUCCAGACACCAUUUAUGUUCAGGUAGGUGAUGCAAAUAAAGAUCAUGCUUGUUGGGAACGACCAGAAGAUAUGGACACACUACGAACAGUGGUGAAGAUUGACAAAUAUAACCCUGGAACAGAAGUAGCAGCUGAAACUGCAGCUGCACUUGCUGCUGCUUCUUUGGUCUUCAGAAGGACUGACAGGACUUAUUCUAAGCUUCUUGCCGCAAGGGCCAUUAGCGUUUUUGCAUUUGCUAAUAAGUACAGAGGUGUCUACAGUAGUACAUUGAGAAAAUGGGUUUGUCCCUUUUACUGUGAUUUUUCUGGAUACGAGGAUGAGCUAUUGUGGGGUGCUGCUUGGCUGCACAAGGCCACAAGAAACCCAAUGUACCUUCGCUACAUUCAAGUAAAUGGACAAACUUUAGGAGCAAAUGAAGGUGACAAUACAUUUGGGUGGGAUAACAAGCAUGUUGGCGCAAGAAUUCUUCUAUCCAAGGCAUUUCUUGUCCAGAAGGUUCAGUCCCUCCAAGAUUACAAAGGUCAUGCCGAUAAUUUUAUCUGUUCCCUCAUUCCUCAAUCCCAGUACACUCCAGGUGGCCUUUUGUUCAAGAUGGCUGAUACUAAUAUGCAGUAUGUUACUUCGACUUCUUUCCUGCUAGUAACUUAUGCCAAGUACUUAACCAAUGCGAAAAAGGUGGUCACUUGUGGGGGAUCCAUUGUCACACCUAAGAAGCUCCGAACCCUUGCUAAACAACAGGUGGACUAUCUUCUAGGUGACAAUCCAAUGAAGAUGUCGUAUAUGGUGGGUUAUGGUCCACGAUACCCACAAAGGAUACACCAUAGGGGAUCAUCUCUGCCCUCCAUUGCCUCACACCCAUUCAAGAUCCAGUGCACCGCGGGCUUUAGUGUGAUGAAGUCCCAGUCCCCUAAUCCUAACAUCUUGAUUGGUGCUGUCGUCGGUGGUCCAGAUAGAAGAGAUCGAUUCCUAGAUCAACGGUCAGACUACUUCCAGUCUGAACCAGCUACUUAUAUAAAUGCUCCCCUUGUUGGAUCACUGGCUUAUCUUGCUCACUCUUUUGGUCAACUUUAGUACCAUGAGCCAUCCUGCUAUUUACAAAAUGCGCAUUUCUUUAAACUGUUAUCUGCAUAAUUUAUCGUAGUAAUAGGACCAAGUGCAAAUUCAUCGGUCAUUGGGUGCUGGGGGACAAAAGAUGAACUAAAGAAAUGCUCGAGCCCAGAACCUGAAGGCGCAGUUGUCAAAGCAACACACACACACACACAUUGUCUUUCGAAACCUAUGUAUAUGGAGUAUAAUAGUUCUAUAUACAUAGACAGGCAUAGAUUACUAGCUGUUUAUUGUCAUAUUAUCCUUACCAACUUGUAUUAGUGUAUUCUAUCUUCUCAAUCAAUGUUUGAAUUAAAGGGAGCUUGUGGAAC